AUGUAUGCUUAUUAUCAUGAUAACAAUGAUUGUUCAGACCCAAAAAAACCUCAUGAAAAAAGUCCACUUGCCAUUGUUACCAUUGAAGAACUUGCACAUAUUGGUAUUUUAUACUCGUAUAUAGAAGGAGAGGAUUUUCUUGAUAAAAUUAAAAAAAUAUCCGAUUAUAAAAAAGCAAUGGGUGAUUUGUAUGAUAGUAAAAUGAAAGUUUUUUAUGAAGAACAUUUUCAUGAAGGUGAAGAAAUUCGUUAUAUUCUUGAUGAUUUGCACGACAAAUGGAUUCGCAUUGCACUUACUAAAGGAGAUUUGAUUCCUCCGGGAAUUUAUCAUCGUUUCACACCUGACACCAAUGAUUACAUGAAGGCUAUGCGUUUAUUUAAAAAGGAACCAAUACGGGUAGCACUUAAUCGUCCAGUUGAUGACAAUAGUUUUCGUAAAGAUUAUUUAAAUCACUUAAAAGCUUUGGAUUGUAUAAAUAAAUAA